AUGGUAAGGAAUUUAGCGGCUCAUAGGGCCCCCAAAGAGAUCAGGGCAGCGGAGGGAGAAAACGACGUCCUGGUACUGUCGCUGCAAAGCCCCAACUGCUUGUCGCCAUCAGCCCCGCCCAUUCUGGUGUUAGUGCUACUGGCGCAGCAGCAGCGGAACAGUUUGAACAGAUCUGUGCAGCAAGUAUCAAUGGAAGGCACAAGGACACUUUUUUCAUGCUGGGGCCGGCAUUUCAUGGACGCCUCCCAAAGCGUCACGUGUUUGCCUGUCUACUGCAAAUGCAAAAUUAUACGUGCCGGCUGA